UGGGGAAGUGAAAGUCAAAAGGGGCCGGGCUGGGCAGAGCUCGUGACCCCCGCGCCUCGCUGUCCCAACACAGAUUCCUAGACCUUUAGCUGUAUGGCCACGCUGAGCCCCCUGCUAUUGGCCGCGCUGCUCUGGGUCCCUGUGGGGACCCUGACCUGCUACGGAGACUCGGGGCAGCCUGUGGACUGGUUCGUUGUCUACAAGCUGCCGGCCCACAGCAGUCCCGGAGAUGUGGCUCAGAGCGGGCUCCGGUACAAGUACUUGGACGAGGAGUCAGGAGGCUGGCGCGACGGCGCGGGGUCCAUCAACAGCUCCACAGGCGCCUUGGGCCGCAGCCUGCUGCCGCUGUACCGAAACACCAGCCAGCUAGCUUUCCUGCUCUACAAUGAUCAACCGCCUAAAUACAGAGGAUCUCAGCACUCUAACCGUGGGCACACGAAGGGUGUACUGCUCCUGGACCAAGAAGGGGGCUUCUGGCUAAUCCACAGCGUUCCAAACUUCCCUCCACCUUCCUCCUCUGCUGCAUACAGCUGGCCUCCUAGCGCCCGAACCUAUGGGCAGACACUGAUCUGCGUAUCUUUCCCUCUCACCCAGUUCCUGAAUAUCAGCAGACAGCUGACCUACACCUACCCCAUGGUGUAUGAUUACAAGCUGGAGGGAGACUUCGCCAGGAAAUUCCCCUACCUGGAGGAGGUAGUCAAGGGCCAUCAUGUUCUCCAGGAACCCUGGAACAGCAGUGUAACACUCACAUCAAAAGCAGGGGCCUCAUUCCAGAGCUUUGCUAAGUGUGGAAACUUUGGAGACGACCUGUACUCUGGCUGGUUGGCAGAAGCCCUUGGCAGCAACCUGCAGGUCCAAUUCUGGCAAAGAUCUGCUGGAAUCCUGCCCUCCAACUGCUCUGGGGUCCAGCACGUGCUGGAUGUGACCCAGAUAGCCUUUCCUGGCCCAGCGGGGCCAAACUUCAAUGCCACAGAAGACCACUCCAAGUGGUGUGUAGCCCCAGAAAGGCCCUGGACCUGUGUGGGUGACAUGAAUCGGAACAAAAGAGAGGAGCAUCGGGGUGGGGGCACACUGUGUGCCCAGCUGCCUGCACUCUGGAAGGCCUUCAAGCCUCUGGUGAAGGCCUGGGAGCCCUGUGAGAAGGAGAACAGGGCCUUCUCUCCAAGAAGCCCAGCAAAGGAUUAAGGCUCAGGGGCCAAUUCAGACUUCAGUUUGAAUCUGUUUAGUCCCCUCUCAACAGUUCAGCCUUAAUUGUGUGCCUCUGUGACUCAGUCUACUCAUCUGCAAAAUGGGAAUCCUAACACCUGCCUCAGGAUUGCUAAGGAAUAAAAGUGAAUUGGUGAA